CCUAGCUACAAACGGGCUUCCGUCUUUAUUUCAAACGUAAUAUUGACGCUAUUUCAAUGAUUUUCCCACACAUAAACAUUGUAACAGGGUGUCAAAAUGGUUUGAGGAGAUGUAUGAAAUCUUUCUUUUAAUUUUAUCCUAAAGCUAUUUCGAAGAUAGAAAGUAAACAGCUUUUUAUCGAGGUAACUGCUUAAGUUAGCAGUGGUUAGCUUACUUUUCUGGCAUCGUACGCGAGCUUUUUAGUUUUUUUUUUUUUUUACGAAUAUAUUUUGUAAUUGAAAAUGGACAAGUUUGUUGUUCGGCUUCCGAAGGGAGAAAAACCAAAACAACCGAAGAGCGAGGAGAAAGUUUACAAACAAGCUACAAUAGAGUCCAUGAGGAGGGUAGUUGUGAUCGAAGACAUUUUGCGCUACAAAUCAACGCUGGAGCUGCCUGAACAGAGCAAAGAGAACCUGUUGGACACCCUGACUGAGCUGAGCAAGAAGAUCCCAUCCAAAGAGGUGCUCAGGUCCACUAAAAUAGGUCACACUGUUAAUAAAGUGAGGAAACAUCCGGACCCUGACGUGAGUUCUCUGGCAGCAAAGGUUUACACUGAAUGGAGGACUUUCAUUGAGGAGAAUUCAAAUAAGCCGUCCAUUGAAGUGCGCUCUGACAAACAGUCUGAAGGGCUGAGGAACAACGCUCGGAGGCUGCUGUCUGAAGCACUGGGAGUCAAGGAGGACUCUGGGCUUAUAGACAACAUUGAGAGAGAAGUUUUUCACCAGAGCUCCCGGUUGGUCAGCAGCUCCUACAGACGGACCAUCAGGGCGCUGGUGUUCGCCUUCAGACACAACUCUGACAUCAGAAGUCAAGUAAAAGAUAGCAAAAUAUCCGUUAGUCAGCUCGUUUCCCAGUAUAAAAAAUAAGUGAACACUGAGAAGACUGGGACUUGAACCUCUUGUGGAUGAGAUUAUGUUGCACAUAAUUUUUUUUUUUUAUAUUUUAUUUUGUUUUUACUCUUCAUCAUGUUCUCAGUUUGUUCAUAAAAAUGCAAAAACUUUUUACAGAUUGUGGCACAUCAGCGCAUUUACAUUUUAUGGGUGUAAAUUUAAAUAUUUAAACCAUAGCUCUGGCUUACAUCAUGCUUU